AUGGUUUGGAGAAGAAUGACAUCUAGGUUUGCGUGUAAUAUCACGGCAAGCACCCGAUCAAACUACUAUGAUCUUUUCAAGUGCACUGUUCGUGUUCACCAACAAGUUCGGGCAUUAUCAAAAUCAUCUAAUGUUUUUAAAAUGAAUUCACAAGCCUUUUUCAUGUCAUAUCACAAUCCAAAUAUCCGGCUAAUAAGUGUUUUUCAGACUGUAUCAUUGCGGGCUUAUUCGAAUACCCCACCUAAACCUUCACAAGAUGACUCCAGCAACUCUAUUAAAACUACAACACCUCGAUCUAAAAUUCUUGAAAAAACUACAACACGAAUUGUUGCAGCAAAAAAUGCUGCGAAAAAUGCUGCAAAAAUCGUUUUACAGGACACUAAACGCAAAAUUCCUCAGCAUGAGAACAUUUAUACUAUUCCCAAUAUGCUUACUUUCACACGAAUUCUGUCGGCCCCCAUCAUUGGCUAUCUUGUUGUACAUCAGCAACUUUAUUGGGCAGUAAGUCUUUUUGCAUACUCUUGUGUUACUGAUUUUGUCGACGGUUGGAUUGCUCGUCAUUACAAGUUACAGACUGUUGUUGGCUCAGUAAUUGAUCCAAUGGCUGAUAAGAUCCUUAUGAUUACAUUAGCUUCAUGUCUUGCAGCUUCAGGAGAUAUCCCUAUGUAUAUGGCUGUAAUAAUUCUCGGUCGUGAUAUUUUACUUGGAUUUUCCGCUUUAUACUAUAGAUACAUAUCACUACCGCCACCAAAAACUUUUACGCGUUUUUGGGACUUUUCAAUUCCUUCGGCAGAGGUUCAUCCUACAACUAUCUCAAAAUAUAACACCUUUUUUCAAAUGAUAUAUUUGGGAUCAUCUCUUAUAUCUCCUGUUUUGAUGGAAAAUAUUACAGGCUCCCCUUAUACUGCUUACGUUGAAACCACCCUUAAAAUUAUGGAAUACACAGUUGCAACAACCACUAUUCUUUCUGGUCUUUCUUACGUCUUUUCUAAAAAUGCGGUGAAAAUUCUUAAUAAGCCUUAA